AAAAAAAAAAAAAAAAAAAAAAACGUUUUCGUUUUACUUAACAACUCCUUCGGAAGGACUUUAAAAACGGAUUUAGAGAACAAUUCGUACUUUCUGGCGAGGUGUUGGUCUGAAAUGCGUUGAACUGGACUUCAGCCCACUGUCCCUAAUCCCAGUCUCUGUGGUAUACAAACUAAGCGCUGAUCGCUGAAGCUGCGGGGUAAAGAAAGCCGGUCAUUUGGCUCAAAGGGAAAAAGGUUUGAUGCCUCGGAUUACGCCGCCUGUGAAGGAUUCCUGGUCGUGAUUUUUUUUUCCCCAUCAUGCCUGAGUGGGCGCACCGGCCUGGUGGAAAGAAACCCAGUAACCAAGCUCCCCCUCGCCCCUCCUCCGUUUCCUCUCUGGGUGGUAUCGUCGCUCGAAUGGCCUCUUCCGAGCCGCUGUCCAGAGGGAGCUGCACGUCGGUCAACACGGUCUGCUCGGACAGCGACCGCCCGGUCAGUCUCAGCUCCUCUGCCUCCUCCGCCUCCUUCGGGAGCAGGGGCUCCCUGGGGGGGUCUCUCCCCUACGGCAGCACCCCUCAGUACCCCGCGCCCCAGCGCAAUGGCAGCGACAUCAGCCUGGACCUCACCCCUGUCUCCCAGCUGGAGCUGAGUCCGGCAGGGGUCCUCCCCAGGCACCCUCCCUCUCCCUGGGCCAGCCAAAAGGAAGGCCGGGCCAAGCUGACCCGAGAGGAGAGGGUGGUCCUGGAGAUCGUGGAGACAGAGCAGGCCUAUGUGAAGGACUUGAAGAGCAUCGUGGAGGACUAUCUGGGGUGCAUUAUAGACUGUGGAGACCUGCCAUUGAAGACAGAUGAAGUCAGCACCCUGUUCUGCAACAUAGAAGACAUCUACGAGUUCAACAGCGAGCUCUUGGAGGAUCUGGAGAGAUGCAGCCACGCAGCAGCCAUCGCGGAGUGCUUCGUGGAGAGGAGUGAAGCCUUUGACAUUUAUACGCUGUACUGCAUGAACUACCCCAACUCGGUGGCAGUGUUACGGGAGUCUAUGAAGUCUGAGAGCCUGGUGCGUUUCUUCCGUGAGCGUCAGACCAGCCUGUCCCACUCCCUGCCCCUGGAGACCUACCUGCUGAAGCCAGUGCAGAGGAUACUAAAAUACCACCUCCUGCUGCAGGAGCUGUUGAAGCACUUUGAUAAGAGCCAGCCGGGCUAUGAGGUCAUCGAGGAGGCUCUUAUCACCAUGACGGCAGUAGCCUGGUACAUCAACGACAUGAAGAGGAAGCAGGAGCAUGCCGUCAGACUGCAGGAGAUCGAGAGUGUCCUGUUGAACUGGGCCGGUCCGGACCUCAGCGGGUUCGGAGAGCUGGUUCUGGAGGGGACCUUCCGGGUCCAACGGGUCAAGAAAGAGCGAGCUUUCUUCCUCUUUGACAAGAUGCUCCUGAUCGCCAAGAAGAGAGGCGACAGCUUCAUCUACAGCACCCACAUCUUUUGCUGUAACCUCCUGCUGUCUGAAAACCUGAAAGACCCUCUGAGCUUCAAAGUGUCAGACCAGACCAUCCCCAAGCAGCAGUACAUCGUGCAGACGAGGAACCAGGAGGAGAGGCGUCUCUGGCUGCACUAUCUGAAGAGGCUGAUCGUGGAGAAUCACCUUGCCUCCCUGCCACAGAAGGCCAGACAAGUGCUGGGAGAUAACGGCUCACCAUAUCCACAAGCCAUGCAGUUCAACUCCGAGACCCUCGGGAAGCCCGCCCCCUCUCCCCGAUUGGGCGAUUGCAGGGGUUACCACAGAGGGAGACGCCAAUCAGAGCCUCCAGAGUUUCUGUACAGCCCAGAGAAGUCCAGGAGUUACGUGUCUGCGCUCAGUGUAGAGGGGAGCACCCCUUACAGGAGAGGCAGGAGGCAGUCUGCUCCGGCGAAGGAGAUCGAGAAAGCAUUUCGACAGAACUCAGUGAAGCUGAAGAACGCAGGCAGCGAGGGAGAGCUGCACAAUGCCCUUGAUCCAGUCUGCUCCUCCAUCAGCACCAGCACGCUGGCCUCCUCCAUCAUCGAGGUAGAGACCAGGGGGGGAGAGGAGGAGGAGGAGGAGGAGGAGGAAGAGGAAGAGGAAGAGGAGGAACGCCCCACCCUCUCCAUCACAGAGGAAAUCCUGGAGUUUAUCAACCAGAGCCGGGAACGGGAGCUGGGUGAGGCAGGGGGCAAUGAAAUAGCCCAGCCUCCAGAGGUACAGGGGCAUCUGCAGGUGGAUCUGAUGCUGGAAGAAGAAACCUCGGCAGACUCUGGGGCCAUGGCACUGGGAGUGAACGAAGAGGAUCUGCGGCCCUCCCUGGAAGUCAUCGAGCUGGAUGAAGAGGACUCCUCUGUGGGAGAGCCGCUGGGGAGAAGGGGACAAGCGAGAAUGAAGGAACCAGAACCUCGUACCCCAGCCAGCGAGUCUUCAGAGGAAGAGGAAGGCCAGGGCAGGCUAGAGUCGGGACCUUCUCCCCUUCAUGUGCUAGAAGAACUGGAGCAGGAAGAGGCCCCUUCAACUGGAGAACCAGAGAGGCCAAAUCCGGAGAGGUCGAUCUUCGACGAGGAACUAAACCACGAGGGACCGACUAGCCAACCCUUUCCCCUAGAGGAUGGCCCUGCCCAGGGGGUGGUGGCUCCUGAUUGCUCCGAUCCAGCCAAGUCUGCAGCCAAAGCAACUUUAACCAAAGACGACCGCCUCCUGAUUGAGAAGAUAAAGAACUACUACGAGACAGGCGAGGUGGUUGUCCCCCAGCUCCAGAGGAGAGAUAGCAUCUCCUUCAUCCCGGCCGGGCUGGUCAAGGAUUCGGUGUCCCGGUUCCAUGUCCUCGUCCAGCAGGACAGCAUCUGCGAGUCAGAGGGGGGGAGGUCGGAGUCCAGUGAGACGGAAGCACGGCUGGCCCUCUCCCGGCAGACCUCCGCGGCAGAAUUGGAGACCAGCGAUUUCCGGGAAGCUCUGGAUCAAGAGAGGGAGGAGGAGAAGAAGGAGGAGGUAGGCAGGAAUCAAGGUGCAGAAGAAGCAGGAGAAGGGGUCUGUCGACAGGAGGAACCAGAAUGUGAGUACCGAUCAUGCACGGAGCUGAUGAAAGUGUGGAAGGAGAAAGAGAGAAAAGCUGACAGAAGGGACAAAGAAGGGAAGAAAGCAAAGGAUUUUCCGAAGACACCCGGGAACUUAGUUAUCCAGGAAGAUAUCUCAGGAGCAAAUAGGAAAAAAGAAGCCGUAGAAGGAGGAGAUGAAAUCUCCAGAAAAGCCAGAAUGACGUUUCCAAUAGGGCAUUGUAAAACCGCCCCGGAUUCCGAGAGAUGCCUGAACAAGGAAUCCUGCUGUUCCCGAGAGUAUCCUGCCCCGUUCCCAUCCCCGGAUGUGACCGGGAUCAGUCUGUACGAGGGAGGGGGAGAGUUCUGCCUGGUGGAGAACUCUGAGAAGAUUAUCAGCAAAGUGCAGAUGCUGGCCCGCAUGUACAGCGCCAGGAUCGGCUGCUCGAAGACUCCUCUACACAGGAAGGUGUGGGAGAGGAACAGGGGGCCGGCAGGGAGGAGGGAGCGUGGAGAGACAGAGAAGCAGCCAGACUGCAAGGUGACAGGGGGUCUCAGGGUCCCGAGAGAACCGCAGCUGUACGGACACGUGAUCAUCCGGGAGCAGCUUUCCACGACCUAUGUUCAAGAGAACCAGUACAUCAUCUCUGCAGCCAAGGAGAACGCCUGGGAGCUAGAGAGCGACAACACAAGAGCAGCACCCCAUCACCCAGGACCCGUGGAACCUCAUGCAGAGGCUUCAGAAUCUACAGAGCCAGCCAACCUGGCCACCAUCCUCCAGGCAGAUCCUCCAAAACCUGAGCAGGCAUCUUGGGUCACCCCCAGCGCAGAUCCCCCUCCAGAAGUCGGUGACUUUGAAUUGGAUUCCCAGAGCUCCACGGAAGCAGUCCCCACCACCCAAAGCCACCCUGAACCUGAGCGACAUCCUGCAGUCAUGCUCAAUCCAACAAUGUCCAACAACGAAAAGACUGUUUCCAGAGCCCCACUGCCCACGUUGGAGAAAUCGCCUUGUUCCCGAAUCGAUGGUCAGUCGGAUUCUGGUUCUGGCGCGUCCAUAGGGAAAGCAGAACAGUUGCUGCGUUCCUCGGCAAACGAAGAAUCUUCUGAUGUUGGAAAUAACAAGCCGUCACAUUUCGGUUUCUUGCGUUCAGUCGAGGAAGCCGAACGGUCUUUGAAUGAUGGAUCGAUGCGAAGAGAGACGACACCCGCUCAGGACGGAGAACUUCUUGCCCUGGCCAAAUUAGAUGACUUGUGUAAACAGGAUCCAGUUUUACCAGCUGAGGGUCAAACAGAUAAAGGCCGUUCUUGUGUUGCUGAAGAUGUGGAGAGUUGUUUAUUCCGGCCAGCUCUGCUAAGACCAAAGCCUAUCUUACCUACAAAAAGCACAGAGCUUGCCAUGUCCAAGUGGAAUCCUUUGCAACAGAAGCCGGUUGUCUACCCAAAAACAGCAGAAGGUCAGGUGCAAUAUUCCUUACAGAAACCCUCCCUGUCCAGUCCCUUUUCGCCUGUUUCGAAUCACUGUACCUCUUCCUCAGUGCCAUCCUACACUAGACGAUCCUUAGGGAACUCUACCCCAACUUUGUGGGCAAAAACUGAUCCACAGUCUCCUUUGGAAAUGCUUGGUGCCCAAAACCAAGAGGCACCAUCAGAAGUUGUCAAAAAACCAACCAGCUGCUGCUUGACAUCCAAAGACCCUUUGUCCAAAAAGUGUGCCACCGAAGAGAUGACUUCAGGCAGGCAGAAUAGUGGUCUUUCGGAAGACGGCUGUGAAGACCAGGGGAAUGCGUCUUCAACAAUGCCCCAGUCUCGCGAAGUAUCAGGUGUACACUCUUCAAAUGUCAAGUCCUCUGAGCUGCAGGAAAGCCUGCCAAAGUUCACCAGCCAAAGACCUCCUUACCUGCCAACCCAGAGUGGAAGGAGAAGCUUGCCACUCUACUUGGAAGGGCAAGGAUUCUCUAGCCAAAGGUUGCAGCCCUCGGCUCCCUGUUUUAAGGAGUCCCUAGAUCACCAAACAACAGUGGACAGGAGGCAAUCAAACCCCCAGCAUUCCCAACAGAAUUCCUGCAACUUCCCAAAUUCCCCGCUCCCUCUCAGAAAACCGGACUGCAUCCCAUCCUCGACAAGACAGGAAGGGAAGACCUCCUCCUCCUCCUCCUCUCUCAGCCUUGGCCUGAGAACUCGGACUCCCUCUCCCAUCCGUAGAAUCCCAUCUCCUUCCAGCUCCGCCGGUCUGUCCAAAUCCCUCGCCGCUUCCUGCAUCAGCCAGAGCCUGGCCAAAAGGAACGGGCGCCUCCAGUCUUCCCUCUCGCAGGACUCCGAGCCGCCCCAGCCACCCAGCGCGUCCUUGCCUCCGCUCUCCGGGUCCGCCCUGAGGUUCCGAUCCCCGUCUCCCGGAAGGAAAUCCCCUUUGGGUCCAGCUUAUCCGAACAGGCAGUCCCUGGGCCGCUCUGUUCCCGGUUUGACUGAGAAAGUCGACCGACUCGGCUCCACCACGCCACAGCUUCUCUACCCUUCCACCGCUGGUCCCAGCCCCGCUCCCAUGAUCUCCCCACCGCCCUUCCGUAGCCACAGGUCCGUGUCCCCUAUCGUGCCGGUUAGCCUCCACCAGGCUUGCAAGGCUGGAUCUAAAAGCUUUGACCUCUCACGCAAUAAUAAUAAUAAUAAUAAUAAUAAUAAUACUGACAAUGAUACUAAAACAGCCUUGGUUCAGAUAGUGUGUUCCGUGGGUGCUGUCAGAUCUUCCUCUACUCAUAACCGCAUCACCAGGCCCUUCUCUUCUGCAUCGGAGCCUAGUUCAAGGGUCCAGUCUCCUUCUCCUGCAGGGCCUCGAAUCUGCUCACCCCCGCCCAUCCACCCAACCCAAGACAGCUCGAAAGGAAAGCCGCCUCACCUUCCUUCGCAUCCCAAACCGACUCCCCGUUCCUUCACUCCUCUGUGUUUCGGCUCCCAGGACCGCUCAGGGUCGUCCUCCGCCUGCUCCACGCCUCCUUGCACCAGCCCUCAAUUCACGUCCCCGCCCCCCAUCCCGUCUAGCGUUACCCAGUCCCUGCGCAGACCCGGGGGGAACAGCCUGCCCUUUAUUAGCAUCACAGAUGGAUCUCCUGGCCCCUCUCGGAUCGGUCAGAGGUCCCAGGCAGGUGGAAGUAUGAUGGGCAGCACGGACAGUAUUGAGCAGGAUUUGGGACCGUCGUCCUUGGGGAGGGUUUACGGCAGCCCCCCUUGCCUGAGUCCCGGCGCUACGUCUCCGAUGAGGUCUGUCAGUCGCAACAACAGCCUUGAUGGCCUCAGCGCUCAAGAGAUUGCCACCCUCGCUUGGCCGGCCAUCCGAGAGCUUCGAACCAAGUACGGAACAGAGAAAGAGGACUGCUCUCUCAAAAGAGAGGAUCCACUGGAGCUGGACCCACCCAGCGGCACGUGCAGAUCCAGCAUCAUGUGUCCCUACAUGGGCGACCCCCAGCGUUUGCCCGUGGGUCUGGCUGACCGAUCCUCCACCCAUUGCUUAGGCUCUGGGGACCUGGCACAGGAUAACUGCAAAGGUGGGGGCCUGAAAACCAGCUACUCCACCACCGUCAACCUCCAGAUCGGAGGCAGCGGGAGGAUAGCUUCUUUUAGCAUUGCCCAGGUCAGCCUCACUCAGACCAUGGCAGUGGUACCAGAGAGCCUGAGCACAAGGAGGGUGAACGUUAAUGGAUUCACUGUUGAGUCUUCAACAAACUGCUAGGGGGGGUUCAGGGACUGGGAGCAGCAGCAGCAGCAGCAGAGUUAGUGUGAGUUUCUAACCCUGCUCAAACUC